AGGUACUUGAGCGGGUGCAGCACGACAGGACAAUGUCCCGAGGGCGCGCUCUACGUCCUCGACGCGCUCCUCGACCCCGAAUGCGACCCCGAACGCUACGUCGGCCACCUCGCGUCCACCGCCGUCCUCGCCCAGGCCCACUCCUGCGCAGCAAACGCCCACUUCCUGAAACUGAUGGCCUCGUCCGACCAGAUCCUCGACAUGGUCAUGGACGAGCGCCGCUUCCGGCGCACGGAGAACGCGCUCGACGAGGACCCCGCGCUCGCCUACUUUAUCUUCGCCGUGCAGCAUGCGAACCUGAGCGCGAAGCUCGGCCUUGUCUCGCCCGUCGUCCUGCAGAUCGGGUUCGCGGCGCGUGAAACGGGUGCUAGUCUCGGCGUCGAGCCGUGUCAGAUGAAGCGAUCCCGUCAUGUGCGCUUCUUAUGGGGCGCUGUGAUGGCGAACUUGGAGGAGAUCUACGAUGAGGAGCGGAAAAGGCGGGAGGCAUUGCACGGAAGGCGAGGUGGCUGUGUUUGCGCGGCGGAGGGGUGUGGGAUACGUGCAGAGGGGGGCGCGACGCUGAGGGCGUGUUCCGGGCGAUGCCCGCGGGAUCUCAAGCCGCACUACUGCAGCAAAACGUGCCAGAAGAAGGACUGGCCGGCGCAUAAGACGGUAUGCAAAGCCGGUUCC